AUGCACCACCAAUUAAUUUUAUUAGUUGAAUGGGCCAAACAAUUAGAAGAAUUUCGACGCCUUUCAUUAUUUUCCCAAAUUGCUUUGCUCAGACAUUUUUCAGCUCAACAUUUGGUUAUUUGUGCUGCUUAUAGGUCUUCUAAACACAUUUCAAGUUGUGAAAGUAAUGAUGCUAUUUGGUUGGCUAAUGAUCGUUGUGUGCCUAGAGAUGCUCCUAAAUUGCCUGAUGUUAAUCGUGUUGUUGCCCGUAUUUUAGACCAUUUAACAGCCCCAAUGCGUCGUCUCCAUUUAGAAGAUAGAGAAUUUGUUGCAUUAAAAGCUGUUGCUUUUUUUGAUCCAAUGGCAAAAGAUAUAGAAGAACCAGCCAAAUUAGAAAUAGAAAAAAUUCGGCAACAAAUAAUGUUGGCAUUUGAAUAUCAAGUAACCAAUAAAGUUAAUAAUCAACAAUUAAUUUCCUUGAAUAAUCGACUGGCUAAUUUAUUAUUAUUAUUACCCCCAUUAAUGGCUAUUGGAAGAGAUUUGGUGGAAGAAGCACAAUUGGCCAAACUUUUUGGUUUGGCAAAUGUAGACGAAUUAAUGGCAGAAUUAUUGUUACCCGAAGAUGCAGAAACCCGUAGUUAUUCCCGUUUGAGGACAAGUGUUACUUCUUCAAUUGUACAGUCUAAUGUAACUUCCCCAAAUCCGCCAGCUACUUCUCCACAAAUGUUACAAAUUCCUGGGAUUGUGACAGCAGCAACGGCGAAUAAUUCACAAUCGAUUUUGUCAAUUCCUCCAUAUUCUUCAACAUCUUCACUUAUGUUACAAAUUGGUUGUUGUAGUACUUUACCUUUACAACAACAACAAAAUUCUUUUGGAAAUUUACAACAAAUAAAUAGAGAAAAAUAA